AUGGAAUUCUUCCCUCUCGGUACGCCCGCCUCCAAGUUCGAGGUCACCCGCGCCUCCGCCGACCUCAACCGUUCCUCUCGUAUCACCGUCUGUCUCCUCGUCCCUUUCGUUCCUUCAACUCCCUGGGACGACGUCUCGGCUGCCAUCACUGCGGUGUUUCUCGUCAUAUCAGACAUCUCAGUUCCGAAACCAGCAGUCGGCCCUCUCACACUAGUGCAGCGCUAA